AUGGCGGCGGCCCAACAAACCAUGCUGACGAAUUUGAUCCCCGAAAUGGACUGGAACGCUGAUGACCCCGUCAAAACGUUUCAAAAAUUCAAACAAAGGAUCGAACUGGCAUUCAAGACCUUCCUGAAAGACGCCACCGACGAGGAAAAGGUGAGCUACAUACUUUUAUUAGCAGGAGACGAUGGGCUUGAGAUCAGAAAUAGCUGGGAACUAUCUCCAGAACAGGAAAAAGAUCCAAAGAAAAUCCUAGAGAAGUUCGAGAAACACUUAGAACCCAAGACAAAUCACAGGAUUUUCAGAUAUGAGUUCCAAAGCAUGAAGCAAAGGCCCGAAGAAUCCAUCAGUGAUUAUAUGGCAAGGCUAAAAAACGUGGCAGACAAAUGCAACUUCAAAGACAAGACAGAGAAAGACGGGAGACUGCUAGACCAGAUGAUCUGGGGAUGUGCAUACAAAAAGGUACAGAAGACCCUCAUAGGGAAGCAUGAACUGACCCUUGCGGCAGCCGUAAAGGAAGCCGUACAGCAUGAGUCUACAGAGAAGUGCAUGACAACGUUGACAAUCUCAACUCAAGCUAAAGAAGCAAAAGUCGAUGCCAUUUCUAACAGAAAGCAUACUCCAAGCUCAAAACAAAAGGCAAGCCACAAACCCCCACAGAAACAGGGUUCAACUUCAAAAACCUGUAGAAACUGUGGCACAGAGCACGAAUUCAAUGACAAGAAGAAGUGCCCAGCAAAUGGUUCCACUUGUCAUGGGUGUGGGAAACCAAACCACUGGCGGAAAAUGUGCAGGUCAAAGGGCAAGUCCAAGCCACAAGAAUACAAGGGUUACAGAAAGGCUAAUCCAAAGCAUGUGCACUACCAGCAAGAAGAGCAGUACUCCUCAGGAGAAGAAACACUGUCGGUAGGUGCCAUAUAUGUCCAUGAAGUGGAGCAUGAGAAUAAUGUACACAGUAAUGAAGCGUACACAACUUUCCAACUCAAGAAGAAGAUAGGAAAGAAGACAACAAACAUCAACCUGCGAUUGAAGAUAGAUACAGGGGCUCAAAGCAAUGUCAUGCCGGUAGAACACUAUCAGCAGAUAUUCCCGGAAAACAUGACAAAAGCUGGGGAAGUCAAGGCAGGAAUACUCACACCGAGCAAAACUAUCUUGUCAGCCUACGGAGGGGACAAAAUCCCACACCUGGGGAAGACAACCAUCUCUGGAAAACACAAAGGCCGAGAGGUCAAGUGUACUUUCUUUGUGACCAAAUCCAAGGGACCAAGCAUCCUCGGAUUGGCAGCGUGCCAGCAGCUAGGCAUCAUCACAAUCCAUGAGAUACAAGCUACCCCAGAGGAUGGCAAGAUCAAAGAGACGGUGCCGAUCAAGGACCGCCCUGCCAUCCACAACAAGGAACAACUAAUAAAGAUGUACCCGGAAUGUUUUGAUGACAAGGUAGGGUGUUUUGAAGAGGAGUACCACAUCACUGUUGACCCAGACGUAGAACCAGUGAUACAUCCACCUCGCAGAGUGCCACUAGAGCUGCGAGAGAAGCUGAAGAAACAGCUGGAAGAGAUGACGAAGAAAGGAGUCAUCAGCGAGGUCACACAGCCAACAGACUGGGUAAACUCCAUAGUAAUAAAGGAGAAACCCAAUGGCAAACUGCGGAUCUGCCUCGAUCCCAGAGACCUGAACUUGGCACUCAAGAGGAACCACUACCCUACACCCACUCUAGAAGAGAUAACACCCUCUCUGGCAGGAGCCAAAGUGUUUAGUAAGCUGGACGCCAGCAACGGGUAUUGGAAUAUCAAAAUAGACGAAGAAUCUUCCUUGCUCACGACCUUCAACACGCCCUAUGGCAGGUUCAAGUUCAACCGCCUCCCGUUCGGGCUCAAGGUCUCGCAGGACGUCUUCCAGAGGAAGAUAGACGAGACGUACAGAGGAUGCAAAGGAGCAAUUGGAAUUGCAGACGACAUCCAGGUGUACGGGAAGACAGACGACGACCACGACUUCCAUCUGCACGAAGCGAUGGAGAAGACCAGGCAAGCUGGCAUCAAGCUAAACGCAUCCAAGUGCAUAAUCAAAGAAAGUGAGUGUAAGUUCUUCGGAAUGAUCUACACAGCCGAGGGAGUCAAGCCAGACCCCGAGAAAGUGAAGGCGAUACAUGACAUCAAAGCACCUCAGGAUGAGAAGGAACUAAGAAGUCUCCUAGGGCUCAUUCAAUACAUGAGCGCUUUCAUCCCCAAGCUCGCGGACAGAACGACAAACAUCCGUGAACUGCUGAAGGAAGAUGUCGAAUACAAGUGGAGUGCAUCACACACUGAAGACCUGAACAAGAUAAAGCAGCUCAUCAGUGAAAAGACAACACUGCAGUACUAUGACAGGGAGAAACCCGUCAUACUACAAGUAGAUGCCUCAAUCAAAGGAGUAGGUGCAGCACUAAUACAAGAUGGAAAACCCAUCGCAUUCGCCUCAAAAGCCCUCUCACCGGCUGAAACAAGAUACGCCAACAUCGAGAGAGACUCAUCAAAAGGAGUAGGUGCAGCACUAAUACAAGAUGGAAAACCAUCGCAUUUCGCCUCAAAAGCCCUCUCACCGGCUGAAACAAGAUACGCCAACAUCGAGAGAGAGCUCCUGGCAGUAGUCUAUGGAUGUGAGAAAUUCCACACCUACUUGUACGGAAGAAGCUUCGAAGUCGAGUCGGAUCACCGACCCUUGGAAGAGAUGCUACUAGCAGACGCACUCUCCAGGCUGUCACAGCACGACAAGCAAGAGAUGGACGGUCUCAAAGUCCAGAUCCAUCACCUCGUGAAAGUGACAAGUGUGAAACUGGAGCAGAUCAAAGAGGAGACCAGCAAGGAUGAAGAGCUCCAACUCCUCGCCCAGACAGUGACACAGGGAUGGCCAGAGAAAAGAAAAGAGACACAAGCAAUCAUACACGAAUACUGGACCAUCCGAGACGACAUCUCGGUAGAGGAUGGAGUCCUCCUGGCUGGGUCCAGGAUGAUUAUACCCAAGUCCAUGAGAGCAGAGGUCCUAGAGAUGAUUCAUCAAGGACACCUGGGUAUCGAGAAAUGCAUACUCAGAGCAAAAUCUGCAGUCUACUGGCCGGGCAUGUACAAACAAAUCGAGAAAGCAGUUGCAGCAUGCCCCACAUGCCAAAAGCACAAGAACUCGCAACAGAAAGAAGAGAUGAUGCCAACAGAGAUACCAAGCAGACCAUGGCAAACAGUAGGCAUGGAUCUGUUUACCACCAAUGACCAAUGGUUUCUACUCCUGGUAGACUACUACUCCAAAUUCCCAUUUGUGAAGAGUCUCGCCAACCUGAAGGCAUCAACACAAGCAGCGAAACAGCACUACGACACCCAGGCAAAGAGUCUGCCUGAGCUGGCUAAGGGCCAGAGCAUCCACGUGCAGGAUCUUAUCCGAAAAACGUGGAGCCCCGGCAAAGUCAUCAACAAAGCUACAACACCGAGAUCAUAUGUUGUAGAGACCGACACCGGGAGACAACUGAGGAGAAACAGAGUACACAUACGACCAACUCCAGAAGUGAAAGCACCUGCAGCAACAACUCCAGAAGUGACAACACCUGCAGCAUCAGCAAUCACCACACGCGACAACACCGAGUGCGACGAAGCCGACAUCCGCGACAACGCCGAGUACGACAAAGUCAACGAGAACGAGGCCGAACAUCCAACCACCAGUGCGUUACCGCUGACGAGAGAAAGAACUGUUCUCAGAUAG